GCCAUUUAACCACCAACAACAUGCACCCACGGAUCCGCAGAGGCAGUGGAUGUUACCGGGGCUGAAGUAACAGGCUGCUCGGGACGCACCGGGAGAAACUUUUCCUGUGCCCGGUGAACUGUGACCGCUUCUCUUGGUGCACCGCCUCCUCUCAUUUUAUUUCUACGUGGCUGAGCAGUGUGUGUUCUUUUGUGGCACCUCCUCCAUAGAUCUGGUUGCGCCAUGCAUUUCUCCUGGCUAUUAUAGUAAGAGCACUUGCUCUGGUUUGGACUGCUCUGCGCGUCAUGCCGCGACACCUGAAUCUCACACCGGCUCCCAAACAGGAGUGCAUGGUUUCCUUGUAACUGGAUCUACUUUUGAAUUUUUGGAGGAAGAAGAGGGCAUGCAAAGCAGAACACUUGCAAAGAGGAGAAGAAAGUAAAAGACGAGGUGAGCAGCUACAGAAGGAGAGAUUAUCUUCAGAGAGUAAAACUAUUACUUGUAGAUGUUCGAUCAGACCACCACUAUGGGCGAUGGGAACCACCGCUGUGGACCCAACCCGCUGGAUCGGAUGGAGACGAAGUGCCGCGCCGAGAUAGGGAGCCGGUCCCCGGUUCAGAGCUCCACCGACACCCCGGGGACCUCAGCGUCCACCCCGACGUCCUCCAGCGAAGACGGGCACGACAAACUUUUGGGAGUGGACCCUGACUACUGUCGGAGGAUAUUAGUAAGAGACGCUAAAGGCACCAUCCGGGAGAUCGUCCUGCCGAAAGGCCUCGACCUGGACCGGCCCAAGCGGACCCGGACCUCCUUCACGGCCGAGCAGCUGUACCGGCUGGAGCUCGAGUUCCAGCGGUGCCAGUACGUGGUGGGGCGCGAGCGCACCGAGCUCGCGAGGCAGCUAAACCUCUCUGAAACUCAGGACAUCGUCUAUGUAGGCUAG